AUGGCAUUGCUGAGUAGUGUGUGGGCUGUGUACGGUAUUGGGGUUGGGAAUGCUGAGAGAGAUUUUAUAACGAGUCUGGACACUUCCGCUGCCCAUACCCCAUACAACGCAUCAUCAGUCGUCGCGGACCUACCGGCGUCGCCGAACACUACACCCGAGCGAUCUAACUCGACUUCCAACUCCGGAGACUUAUCUAUCCAUCACCCGACCGACAAGAUCACAUAUGCUCCGUCAGCCCCUGUACCACAGCCACCACCUGCUUCAGGCGAUCUGAGCACCCCAGCAAAAGCAGGCAUAAUCACCGCCUCAGUCGUCAUCUUUCUCUUGGUCUUUGUCCUGCUCAUCGAAUACACGUACCUCCGCCAUAAACGCCACGAACGUGCGCUUCAGCGAGCGAUUGAAGAGGUGGAACGAGGUACGGAGCUCAAAGACUCCAACAUCAGCGAGAGCAAGGAGAACAUGGUGUUAGAAAGUAGGGUUGAGAUUGUGGUCGAAGAAGGAGAAGCAAGUGAGCGGAGUAGUGUGGAUGGAGGUGAUGAGUGGGAUGCUGGUACCGACGGAGAGUUUGACGAAGGCGAUGGAGAUCUGGGCGAUUGGGGGAGGGGGAGGACCUGGGAGAGAGGCAGGAAUGGAAUGAGUUUGCCGAGACGCGAUACCUCUGAAUGA